AUGUUUGAUGCUGUGGUUGUGGGCAGUGGCGCGGCUGGGAUCGCCACGGUUGGCAAUAUUCUUGAUUGUCAUGAAUCUGCCAGUAUACUCUGGAUAGACCCAGAGUUCAACGGAGGCAGAAUAACCAAGAAAUACCUGGAUGUUUCAAGCAAUACCAAAGUUGCUGUCUUUUUGCAAUUUGCCCAUGCUCUCGAGCCAUUCCGUGAGAUUGUCCGCUCAACACCGAAACCGAACGCCGUGCACGUACUUGAAUGCCUCGACACCAACGCGGGAUGUGACCUGCAUUAUGCAUCGAACAUGUUGUUGAUGUUGACCGAGGGACUGAAAGAGCUCCCAAAUGUGCAACCACUGAUCGGCACUGUCGUGGAAGCCAACUUCGACAGCAAGUCACUAGCCUGGUCCAUCCAGGUUCAAGAUGAGGAGUCAUCAUCCUUCAUUCACGACAUCUCGACUCGAAAACUUGUCCUAUGCACAGGAUCUUCCCCAUCUGUAUGCGAUCUAGGAUCGGCGGGAGCGUCAGUGAAGCCCAUCCAUCUUGACGUGGCUCUUAGUCGACCUAGCCUUCGAUGCGCGCUGCCUCCCGACGGGAGCGUCCACGUUGCAGUUCUGGGCUCCUCACACAGUGCCAUCGUGGUGAUAAUGAAUCUGUACGAGCUGGCGACCAGAAGCCAUCCGCAUCUCCGGAUCAAAUGGUUCACUCGACGGCCACUGCAGUACGCCACACCCAUGUCCGACGGUCGAAUUGUGCGUGACAACACGGGGCUGAAAGGCAGAUCAGCCGAUUUCGCCCGCAAUCACCUAGAGGAUGGCAGAUUUGAGACAUCACCUGUGAGUCAAUACUUGCAAAGAUAUGACUGCUCAGUCAACGAGGAAGGGGUGUAUCAAACGCAAUUGACCCAGUGCACCCAUGUGGUGCAAGCGAUUGGCUUCAAGCGCGACCCGGUACCUCCACUCCGGGUCGACAGCAAGAGGCUGGCCACACUUUCAUACGACAACCGAACCGGCUUGUUCCAGGACGGCUCAGGCCAUCGGAUCCCUGGGUUAUGUGGCGCGGGUAUUGCCUUUCCUGAGAAAGUGGUUGACCCGGCCGGCAACACCGAGUACGCCGUUGGAUUUUGGAAGUUUAUGAACUACCUGAGACGAGUGGUUCCGCAACACUGGGAUAUCAGGAAGGAGUAA